UCUUCCAUUAACGAGAGAGAAGAGACAACGCAACACAAAAAAACAUUCUCUUCUCUCUCUCUCUCUUCCAAAAACUCAAAAUCUCUUAGAAACCAAGUUUGCCUGCAAUCAUCAUCAUCAUAGCAUCUCUCUCUCCAUUUUGAAGAUUUCGUUUUGAUCUUCCUUGAUACGAUUUAUCAGGAGAUCGUCAGAGAGGUGAAUAAUUAAGAGAAAAAAGAUGGCAGAUUAUCAGAUGAACCCGGUUCUUCAAAAGCCACCAGGUUACAGAGAUCCAAACAUGUCCUCUCCUCCUCCUCCUCCACCUCCCAUUCAACAACAACCUAUGAGAAAAGCCGUCCCUAUGCCUACUUCUUACCGACCAAAGAAAAAACGUAGAAGCUGUUGUCGUUUCUGUUGCUGUUGCAUCUGCAUUACUCUUGUUCUCUUCAUCUUCCUCCUCUUGGUCGGAACAGCUGUUUUCUACCUCUGGUUCGAUCCUAAGCUUCCCACUUUCAGCCUCGCUUCCUUCCGUCUCGACGGCUUCAAACUCGCCGACGAUCCCGACGGCGCGUCUCUCUCCGCCACCGCCGUUGCCCGCGUUGAGAUGAAGAAUCCGAACUCGAAACUCGUUUUUUACUACGGAAACACUGCCGUUGAUUUGAGCGUUGGUUCGGGAAACGAUGAGACCGGGAUGGGAGAGACGACGAUGAAUGGAUUCCGACAAGGUCCCAAAAACUCGACGAGCGUGAAAGUGGAGACGACGGUGAAGAAUCAGCUCGUGGAGAGAGGAUUGGCUAAGAGACUCGCUGCGAAAUUUCAGAGCAAAGAUUUGGUCAUUAACGUUGUUGCCAAGACUAAAGUUGGAUUAGGUGUCGGCGGUAUUAAGAUCGGAAUGCUCGCCGUUAAUUUGAGAUGCGGUGGCGUUAGCUUGAACAAGCUUGAUACUGAUUCACCUAAAUGCAUUCUCAAUACACUCAAAUGGGUAACUAUACAGUAACAAGACGGAAGGAUUCGAGGAUUUGGAAAAACACGAUGAUCUAACAUCUGUAUACUUGUAACUUUACUGUAGAUAUGUUAUCUUCUUUCUUUUGUAAUUUUAUUUUUUCGUGUUUUAUACUCCACACAUGUUAUUAAUUUUAUUUUUGGGGUAUUUGAUCAAAUUCACUGAGGGGGGCAUAUUUAGCGAGUGUUUGUUUUAUUAUUAUUUUGUGUGAGAUAGAUUAUUUUGUGUGUAAUAUUUUAUGUGGGUUAUUAUUUGGGCAGUAAACAUAAUGUAAUGUGGUGAUUUUUAUGUUAAGAAUAUUUUCGACAUGUUUGUGUAAUGGUGGUGGGAAAAUAUUGUUCAGGUGGCGUAUGAAUCUUUAGACACUAAUGGGCCCGUAAAGUAUAUGGGCUGAAAUG